CAUCCCUCUUCUCAAAUCGUGAAGUCGGUGAUAGGUUUGUGUGAGGACUUUAUCCGAAGCACAACACCGAAAACUGUAUAUUUUAAGUUUAAUACCCAAUUGAAAAAACACAAAAAAAUCUGAAAAACUUAAAAACUACAAAAAAAUCGUGGAACGGUAGGUUUUUGUUGUAAGAAUAUUCCGUUUUCAGCACUUUGAGAUCAGCAACAGUUGGUGGACGCCAUUUUAGUCGUUAAAACAUCACAGGAGGUAAAAGAUUGAACACUUGUAGAACGUCUUAGACAAGUCAGCGAAGAUGGCAAUGAAUCCAGCAGGUCCAAGCUACCCAAUGGCGUCCCUUUAUGUGGGUGAUCUUCAAGCAGACAUCACUGAAGCUAUGUUAUUCGAGAAAUUCUCGACGGCAGGACCAGUAUUGAGCAUUCGUGUUUGUCGAGACAUGAUAACCAGACGAUCGCUUGGUUAUGCAUACGUUAACUUUCAACAACCAGCAGAUGCUGAGAGAGCACUUGACACCAUGAACUUUGACACCAUCAAGGGUAGACCAAUCAGAAUCAUGUGGUCCCAGAGAGAUCCCUCCUUAAGAAAAUCAGGUGUUGGCAAUGUAUUCAUCAAGAAUCUGGACAAAAGUAUUGACAACAAAGCUCUGUAUGAUACUUUCUCUGCCUUUGGAAACAUCUUGUCUUGUAAGAUAGUGACGGAUGAAAAUGGUUCCCGUGGUUAUGGAUUUGUACAUUUUGAGACCGAGGAAGCAGCCAGAAAUGCUAUUGACAAAGUGAAUGGCAUGUUGCUCAAUGGCAAGAAAGUAUUUGUGGGAAAAUUUAUGAACCGUCGUGAGCGACUGGAGCAACUUGGUGACAAGAUGAAGCGAUUCAACAAUGUUUAUGUCAAGAAUUUUGGAGAUGAACUUGAUGAUGAUAAGCUGCGUGAUAUGUUUGAGCCAUAUGGAAAGAUCAUAAGUGCAAAGGUGAUGAGUGAGGAAGGUCCUAACAUGAAGCCAAGGGGAUUCGGCUUCGUCAGUUAUGAGGAUCCAGAGUCUGCUGAGAAGGCUGUUGAAGAACUAAAUGGCUUGGACAUCAAUGGUAAGACACUGUAUGCAGGUCGUGCCCAGAAAAAGGCAGAAAGACAGGCUGAACUCAAAGAUAAGUUUGAGAAAAUCCGUAUGGAAAGAAUCAAUCGAUACCAGGGUGUCAACCUCUAUGUCAAGAACUUGGAUGACAACAUUGAUGAUGAGCGUCUUCGCAAGGAGUUUUCACAGUUUGGUACCAUCACAAGUGCCAGGGUGAUGUCAGAACAAGGCCGCACCAAGGGCUUCGGCUUUGUGUGUUUUAGCUCUCCAGAAGAAGCCACCAAGGCAGUAACAGAAAUGAAUGGACGUAUUGUGGUGGCUAAGCCUCUUUAUGUGGCUCUCGCCCAGCGAAAGGAGGACAGGAAGGCCCAUCUGGCGUCCCAGUAUAUGCAGCGCAUUGCAAGCAUGAGGAUGCAGGGUCAGCAAAUGGGACAGAUGGGCCAGAUGAGUCAGAUGUUCCAGCCAGGUGGAGGUGCUGGUUACUUUGUACCACAGAUGCCACAGACCCAGAGAAGCUUCUUUGCUCCCCAGCAGAUGCAACAGAUGCGUGCCAGUCCAAGGUGGCAGACUGUCCGCCAACCAAAUCCUGCUGGAGGCUUCCAGACCAUGCCAGCUGGACCCCAAAUGCGUCAAUCACGUCCCACAGGCCAGGCAACUGUGCGCAGCAACCUAAAUGCUCGUCCAAUCACAGGACAGACUGGUGCACCACAGCAAAGGAUGACCAUGAACCAACAGCCAAUGCCUGGCCGUGCACCACCAAAUGUAGGGGCACCAAAUGUCCAGACACCGGCCAACAGAGGUGCUUACAAAUUCACCACUCAGAUGCGCAAUCCUCCACAAGCAGUCCAGUCUAACCAGCCCAUGCAACAGCAACCCCAGCAGGCUGUGCUUGUACAGGGCCAGGAACCUCUGACAGCAUCCAUGUUGGCAGCUGCCCCACCCCAGGAACAGAAACAGAUGCUGGGAGAACGUCUUUUCCCACUCAUCCAGAGAAUGUAUCCCGAACUGGCAGGCAAGAUAACAGGAAUGUUGCUGGAAAUCGACAACUCCGAAUUGCUUCACAUGUUGGAGUCUCACGAAUCCCUCGAGGCUAAGGUGAAGGAAGCUGUUGCUGUACUGCAGGCUCACCAGGCCAAGGAGACAUCUGGCGGCAAACCAGGCUCUGACUAGGACAUAACACCCUAACACCUCCUCUUCCUCAUCACAGCAAGGCUACAGGUCAUCAGAACCAUUACAUCUACCUGCUAGUUAUCUCCAGUGUACUUCUGUAGUGAUUUUAUACCUCAUGGAAACUUGUGGCAUUGUACCUACAUUUGUUUGAUUAUAGCUUGUGAUCAAACAUGAAAGUUUGUCAUAUUUUCUGACAUAAAUAUUGAACAUGGCACACUUUCAGAACUGUUGUGCCUCCGACACAGUAUUAAUUAAGGUUAUCCAGGUAUUUUUCAUCCUAUAUUACAUGUAGCCAGUUUUAUUAAUUAUGGAAAUGAAUUCUGCUGAUGUGUUUAAAUCAAUCCAUCUUGUUUUUUCUGAUGCUGUAUAUAGUGAAUGAAGACUAGUCAUGAGAAUAGCUGUACUUGGAACAUUCUGCUGUGACAAAAGAUCCAUCAAAUGUUACCAUUUUGUAAUAUUUUUGACAAGUGUUGUAGAUAUCUGUGGAUAGGUGAUGUGGUUUACUGUACAAAUGUUGAUGAAGGUGGAGGGGCGACUCACGAUUUGUUAUAUCUUGGAGCGGUGGAGGUGCUGGAGUUGGUGUCAUUGUUUGUCACCUGUAUACAACUUAAUCAAGUUCCCCAACUCCAGUACAACUGCCAGACUUCAAGCAGAAAAAAAAAAACUUCAAAAAAAAUCGCAAAAACUUGUAAAAAAAAUUCACAUAAAGAAAAUGGAUUAUUAACUUCAUCUUUUUUUUUUAAGAAAACAGAAAAAACUAUAUAUAUAUAAAAUAUGUAUGAAAAAACGAACAAAAAAAUUGAAAAACAUGAUAAAUGCCUAUGUAUAAACAUGUUGUAACCCUUGUUAAUUUUAGAACUAGUUUGACGUGAAGAAGCACAAACACCUGUUACAAACUGACAAAAACUUAGAGAAGAGGGAGCGUUAUUUUAUGAGUAUGAGGGAUUUAGUUAAUAAUCCUUUUUAUUCUGUUCAUUUUUUUCUUUUCAGAAAUUUUUAGUUCAAAUAAAACUUCCGUUUCA